AUGGUCAAUUUUACCUACAAAGAUGUCUGUACAGUUGGAACAGCUCUAAUUUUAAUGUCUACGUCUUUCAUUAUGGGGGUUUUCUUUUCGAAUCAGACCUACGAUUACCAUAUUUUAUUCAAUCCAAAGAUGACGCAAGAACACUAUGACAAUGCUUUAAGACAUUACCAAACGUUAUUCUACACUUCUCCAAGGGUUUUUUAUGCAUUUGGAGCAGUGGUUUCUUUGGGAUUAAUUGGAUCUCUUGCUAGGGUUUACAAGCCUAACCCAGAAUUGCAAUUAUUUGAAUAUGGAUCCUUGGGUAUGUUUGUUCUAGGUAUCUGUGUCUUCUUGACUAAUAUCAAGACAGGUGUAGAAUCAUCUAUUCAUGGAGAUUGGGGUGAAGUUACUCAAAACCAAGGAUUGGCUGUUAUUGCGUCUUCCAACAUCAUUUUGCUGAUAGUUUUCACGGGGGUUCUUGUUUUACAAGGAGGCUUGUGGUACACUGAGUGGGAUUAUCAGCAAAGAUUAAAUCAAUUUCACAAAGAAGAAGGUCAAAAGCAAGUUACACAGUCUGAGACUUCCAGUAACUCUGCUGCUGCAAGUACUGCGAAAGUUGGCAAGGGUAACAAAAAAUCGAAAAAGGAAUAA